UCCUGGUUCUAUCUGCCUGAGUGCCUGACUACACUGAGUACACAGUCGCGGUCUUUAUCUUGCAAAAUAACUUGCACAUGAAGAUUUCGGUGUGGACCGUAAUACUUUACGAAAAUAUCUGCUGUGAUAUUCGAUGGAUAUCCAAUCAGAAGUCUUGGGUAAACGUUGUCGAUAUACUUUUCAGGAGGAGGAUUAUAUCGGUCGGGGCACUUUUGGCAUUGUUUACAGAGCGAACAUAACAGAACCCGGUGACUUUAUCGGUGAUCAAGACAUCGCUGUCAAAAUCAUCCACCUACACAAAGAGUCAGCAGUUCUGGCAACCACAGAAAACUGGAAUAAAUGGCGCAGACGAAUGGAGUUUCUUUUGACGUUUCAGCACGAUCACCUCGCAAGUUACCAUCAAGUCAGUGUUGCAAGAUCAUCAGCGUUCGGCGGGGUAUCGGUCAAACUUAUGAUGGACUAUUACGCUGGUGGGGAUCUGACAAAUUUACUGACAAAUGCAAGCGUUCUCGAUGUCCCAACCGCCAUUCGUUACGCUACUGAAUUAGCGGAUGGAAUAAAUUAUCUACAUGUGAACAACAUCAUACACGGUGAUAUCAAACCUGGAAACGUGCUGGUACACAGGCAGGAUAAUCACAACAGACUGUUAAUUGGAGAUUUAGAUGACUUGGUGCAGAUGCAACAAAGCGCCACCUGUUCCGGUGAUAUUUGCAACAUCCGCGGAACCCUUCGCUAUAUGUCGCCAGAAAUGCUGAAGAUGUAUCUAAAUCUUUCCGUGGACAAAGUGGGACGGAAGAGCGAUAUUUGGAGUUUGGGAUGUGUCAUAUUGGAAAUGAUAAAUAAUGCUGUAGGCAUUACAAAACGCAAAUUGUACCGAGCUCCAGACAUUGGUUUUGAUGCUGACAAAAUUCCUGAUAGCCGCUAUGCUGCAUUAAUUAUGGACGGCUAUGCACCUUUAAUUGCUCUUUCCAUUCCAAUACAACUGGCUGAAUGCAUCUCGUCAUGCUUAACUGCGUCAACUUCCCUACGAAUUCAAUCCUCGUCGCUAUUGGACAAAUUGUUAAGCCUCCGCAGGCUGAUUGAACAGCAAAACCAACCGCUCAGUGCUGUCGCUGUUGGGAUUCAUCUCGGCUUGUCCCAUAGCAGUGUGGUUGUUUGUCGCAAUGGUCGAUUGGAGGUUGUUACGGAGCCACAUCAGCACGAGCCACAAAUUCCGAGCUUUAUUGCGUUCGAUCAGACCAGUGAAUCGGGAACAAAAAUACUGUGCGGUCAAGAAGCGAUGGAUCAUCAAGAAGUCGAUCCAAAGCAGUGCGUCUACAAUUUGCAGCGCAUAAUUGGACUGAGAUUCAAACACAAGCGCGUUACCGCGCAGAAAAAUGUUGCGACUUAUAACAUUGUUAAUGAAGACGGAAUUCCACGAAUCCAGAUUAUAGAACGUGGAGGGGCUACAACUUACUCGGCAGAAGAAAUAACGUCACUGUUAUUUAACAACCUUAUGCGUCUGGCCGAGUCGAUAAGCGCGAUAAGCGCUUGUCAAACCAAAAAAGUUGUUAUAACUGUCCCAACGUAUUUCACGGUAGCUGAACGUCGGGCCAUAAAACUAGCUGCGGCCAUGGCGGGGAUCGAAAGGGUACGGUUAAUUGACGAUGCACUAGCUGCCGUUAUACCCUGCAUAAGGAAUUUUGGUCCAGGAAAACGAUAUAUUUUGGUGUUAGAGUUGUUGGAGCGCCAGCAGCUGAUUGUAUCCAUCGUAAAACUGAGUAACAAUAACGCUGAUCUUGCAAGGUUUCAUUACAUUCAUCGAUAGGAGAUGUUUCCUUGGGGGAAAAAGAUUUUGAUGAGCGGAUUGCGGAGCAUUUAGCAGGAGUAAUCGAGAACAUUUACAGCGUUGAAUCAGGUCAGAAUGACCGAAUUUUGAACGCAUGUAAGCAAAUUGAUGGAUGUGAUCGUCAGACCAUUGAAAUUCCUUGGUUGCAUGGUAGAAACUUUUCAAUGAGCGUAACGCCGUUGAUGGUGGAAAGUCUCUGUGUCGAUUUAUUCCAUAAAAUUAUCGACCCAGUGAAAAAAGCACUAGAAUGUGCCAGUUUAACAGCGACCGACGUUACUGAUGCUAUCAUAGUGGGAUGUGGCCGGUUCGUCCCACAAAUCUCCGAUGUUUUAUUGGACCUUUUGCCUGUCAUGCGGGUACACGUGACCGUUGACCCUCGGAUCGCCAUUCCUGAAGGGGCUGCUCGGGCAGCAAACUCUGCUCUGAAUGUACUGGAUGGACUGGACCAAGGCAUCGAAAUAGAGCAGCAGGUCCCGUAUGCCCUUAUAGUGCAAGUUCGAGGCCAACGAAAGAUUACAGUCAUACCUAGAUGGAGUUUUUUGCCGACCGAAAAAGAUUUGGUGUUCACUACGUCUGCCGACAAUCAGCGUGUUAUCUACAUGUAUGUCUAUGAGGAAACAGACACUGUCAAGGAAUUCAUAAGUAUGUACAGGAUUUCCGGUAUAAUACCAGCCCCGAAGGGCAGCUCUCUUAUUAUAAAGUUUAUCAUUGAUCACGACAAGGUGCUGACCAUCACCGCAGUCCAUGGCGUGAAGGAACUGCAGAUAUUCAGAUGCGACAAUCCAGACAUUUCGGAUUGGCCCUGGGAGAUUCUCAACGAGAGGAAGGCGCAGGACGCUAGAGAAGCACUGGAAGAAACACUUCUCAAGGCCCAGCAGUGUGUUUCCUAUGAUGAUGACAGACGAGGCGCUCGAGUGAAAGCUAUAACUUUGUGGUAUCAUAGUACAAAAGACUCGCUGCAUUCUGUUCAAGAUUAUAGCAGAUGGUCUCGGAUAUUGCAAGCAUUGUUAGUUUAAUACCGCGC